UUUUCUGGCGCCAUUGAGGACUGGCUCUCCUUCCGCGACCUGUUCCUCUCCGUCAUCAAUCGCCAUCACACGAUCACGGACGUUGAGAAGCUGCAUUACCUUCGAACGUCCCUGCAAGAUGAAGCGUCAAAAUUAGUGAGAGACAUACCUCUAAUUCACGGCAAUUUCGAGCGAGCCUGGGUUACGCUCCGGGAGUUUUACGAAAAUCAGCGAGUCCUGGUGCGCUCCAACUUCGCCGCUUUCACGGCUCUCGCGAAGAUGAAGAGCGAGUCCGCGAUCGAGCUGCGACGAAUCUUCCACGGCAUGACGAACACCGUGAACGCUCAGGAGAGCCUCGGUCGACCGAUCGCCACUCACGGCAUGGAUCUCUUCGUCCACAUCGCGGUCGAGCUCCUUGAUCCGCAAACUCGUCGCGACUGGGAGACCACCAUCCGGACAUCGUCGAAGUUUCCCGAGUACGACACCUUCCGAACCUUCGUCAUCGAGAAGAUGCGCUCGCUCGAGGCUCUCUCACCGGUCUCAUCCAAGAGUGAGUCCAAGACCAGCCAAGCCAAGGCUAACGGCACGCGAUCCGCGAAGUCUAACCAUGCCAAGACCACCUCGGGAUCGGGCAGCUGCGUGGUGUGCAAGAACUCACACUACCUGAUGGGCUGUAGUGAAUUUCGAGCGAAGACUCCGAGCGAGAGAAAGAGCAUAGUUGAGAGCAAAAACCUAUGCUCUAACUGCUUAGGCAACCACUUUAUUGCCAAGUGUCCGUCGACCAAGACGUGCAUCAUCUGCAACGUGAAGCACCAUUCGCUGCUGCACGAUGGCACCUCCAAACCAGCGGUCGCCGAGGCCAGCACCCUCACGGCAGUGCAGCAUGGCGACGAUCGCAAGGCCAUUCUGCUGGCCACCGCACGCCUCUCCAUCACUGACCGCCAUGGAAAUCAGCAACCGGUGAGAGCUCUGAUUGAUCAGGGCUCAGAGGCUCGAGGGAAAGUCACCCUGCAGCUCACAUCAAAAGUGACUGGAGCAACAGUCACCGCGGUCGCCGUCGUUUUGCCGCAUCUGUCGCUCUACCACGGCACAGGCCUGCGACAGAUCGACGCCUGGCCGCACCUCCUCAACCUUCAAUUGGCUGAUCCUCAGUUCUCGGCCACUGAUCCAGUCGAGCUGCUGCUCGGCGCCGAGGUCUGCUCAGUCAUCCUCGAGGAGGGCCUUCGAAAAGGCGAUCCUGAGGAGCCCAUUGCCCAGCGCACCGCUUUCGGCUGGAUCAUCUCCGGCGGCGCGACUGCAGCGUUGCUGCACGGAGCUUCGUCCUGCCACGCCGCGAUCGACCACGAGCUCACUAGCCUGGUGCAAAAAUUCUGGAAACAGGAGGCGGUGACUAAGCCGGUCGCCGCCCUGACUCCUGCCGAGCAAGAAUGCGAGGAACACUUCGUGCGAACGCAUCUCCGAUUGCCGUCGGGACGGUACAUGGUGCGCCUCCCGUGGUCAACCCCUCCAGCUGAUCUCCACGAGACUCGUCAAGCAGCGCUGCACCUCCUCCGCUCCAUGGAACGGAAAAGUGCCAAGGAUCCCAGAUUUGGCGAGCUGUACCAGGCCUUCCUGAAAGAGUACGAGGACCUUGAGCACAUGACGGUGGCAGCCGCUCCUCAACAAGGUGAGCAAGUUGUUUACUUACCGCAUCACGGUGUCCUCAAGGAGGCGAGCACCACCACCAAACUCCGCGUUGUGUUUAACGGGUCGCAACGCGUAUCGACGGGCGAGACUCUUAACUCCUUUCUGCACGUGGGCGCGAAUCUGGUGCCGCCGCUGGCCGACGUCCUGCUCCGAUGGCGUCGUCUUGUUCGCGAUAAUAGCGGACAUUGA